UGGGCUCUCCCUAGCAUUAUCUAAACACACACAUAAGCGCGCAGCCACGAAGCAAACGCCUCCGAAAGCUGUUUUUUUUCUGCUAGAGAUCAGCGAGAGCGAACAGCUGCUGAGGACAGACGAGAGAAGGAGGAGGAGGAGGAAGAAAAGCAACCUCUUGAACUUCUUUCGGUCCAGUUCAGUCAGUCUUCAGGGAGAGAGCGUUCUCUUGGAGUUUCUUUAUAUUAGUAUUAUUUUAUUUUUUCCCCCACCCACCUAUGAGAGAGAAGAGGGAACUGGAGUUCAUGCAAGUGAAUGGGUUGCCAUGGUUACACACCCAGGGAGCCUGACCCGCUCAGAAUGAAUGGAGGGAGAGCCAAGUGAAACGAUAAACUAGGCAAAGGGAGUCACCGGAGAAAGAGAGAGUGACGGAGAGACGAGAGGAGAAGCGGCGGAUAGCAGAGGAAGUGGAGCAGCGUGUGAGAAUGGAGGACGGCUUUUCCAGCUACAGCAGCUUGUAUGACACCUCGUCGCUGCUGCAGUUCUGCAAUGAUGACAGCGCGUCAGCAUCCAGCAGCAUGGAGGUCACAGACCGGAUCGCCUCCCUGGAGCAGAGGGUCCAGAUGCAGGAGGACGAGAUCCAGCUGCUCAAAUCCGCUCUGGCCGACGUGGUCCGUCGGCUCAACGCGUCUGAGGAGCAGCAAGCCAUGAGCUCACGACGAGGGCCAACCAAAGAGCCUCCUUUGAUGAGAAAGUCACCCUCGGCAGACAGCCAUGUUGGGAAGUCAGCCCGGCCAAUGAUCGCCACCCUGCCGUUAAGACCUUCAGUGAACAACGGGACCAUCCUACCAAAGAAAGGCGGUGGCACUCUGCCAUCCCCGUCUGGAUCUGGAUCCAGGAAGGACACCGGCACAGCAUCCACCAGGAGCACGGUGAGGAGAGCCAAUUCCAACGAGCAUGUCGGGUCUCUCACGCGGAAGGACUCGGGCGACGCCAAGGGCAACCGAACUCGGGCCGGGUCGACGGGAAGCAAUUCCAGUGGCAAAAGAAGUGACAGCAAGCAGAGGGACCCGGUGUUCAAUGCAGGGAUGCGACGUGUGACACACUGCAAAGAGGAAGGUUAUGUGAAAAUGUAUUUGAAAGGCCGUCCCAUCACCAUGUUCAUGCCCAAAGACCAAGUGGACGGCUACUGUUUGGAAGCCAGAGCCGACCUUCCGGCUAACAAACUCAAACUGGACUGGGUAUACGGUUACCGCGGUCGAGACUGCCGUUCUAAUCUUUACUUGUUGCCCACCGGAGAAACUGUGUACUUCAUUGCUUCUGUGGUUGUCCUCUUCAACGUGGAUGAGCAGUUGCAGAGACACUACACUGGACACACGGACGACAUUAAAUGCUUGGCAGUCCACCCUGAUAAAAUCACCAUAGCAACCGGGCAGGUUGCCGGCACCUCUUUGGAGGGUAAAUUGGCUCCACAUAUUCGCGUGUGGGACUCUGUCAGCCUCAACACGCUUCAUGUUCUGGGAGCGGCUUACUUUGAGCGAGCGCUUGUCUGCUUGGCUUUCUCUAAGUCGAAUGGAGGAAACACGCUUUGCGUUGUUGACGACUCGAAUGAUCACGUGCUGUCUGUUUGGGACUGGCAGCGAGAAGACAGACUGGCUGAGGUCAAGACGUCCAACGACACAGUCUUUGCUGCAGACUUUCACCCGACUGACAGCAAUAUCCUGGUGACUUGUGGCAAGUCACACCUCCAUUUUUGGAACUUGGAAAAAGGCGUGCUGGUCAAGAAGCAAGGACUUUUCGAGAAACAUGAGAAGCCCAAAUUCCUCUUAUGCGUGACCUUUGCAGAAAAUGGAGAUACCAUCACUGGCGACUCAAGUGGAAACAUAUUGGUGUGGGGAAAAGGCACUAAUCGCAUCAGUCACGUCAUCCACGGAGCUCACGAAGGCAGCAUCUUUGCUCUGUGCAUGCUGAGGAAUGGCACGCUGUUGUCCGGAGGCAAAGACUCCCGCCUCAUCUCUUGGGAUAGCGGCUACCAGCAGAUCCAAACAGUGGAGGUGCCAGAUUUGUUUGGGCCCAUCCGAACUGUAGCAGAGGGCAGAGGUGAGACUGUUCUCAUCGGAACCACAAAGAACUUUGUUUUGCAAGGCAGCUUGGAUGGAGAGUUUGUGCCCAUUACUCAGGGUCACACAGAUGAGUUGUGGGGUCUGGCUGUGCACCCCUGUAGGCCCCACUUUCUCACGUGUGGUUAUGAUAGACAAGUGUGUAUGUGGGAUUCCAGUUCACAUCAACUUGUCUGGAGUAAAAACAUGGAAGACACUGCCCAAUCUGCAGACUUCCACCCGUCUGGAUCUGUUGUUGCUAUAGGAACCCAGAUUGGCAGGUGGCUGGUGCUGGACACUGACUCAAAGGAUUUGGUCACAGUGCACACAGACGGAAAUGAACAACUUUCUGUUAUGAGCUUUGGCCCAGACGGCAACUUUCUGGCCAUCGGCUCUCAUGACAGCUACAUCUAUAUCUAUGCCGUGGCAGAAAAUGGCAGGAAGUACAGCAGGGUGGGCAAGUGCUCAGGUCACUCUAGUUUCAUCACCCAUCUGGACUGGUCAGUGGAUUCCCAGUACUUGGUGUCUAACUCAGGAGACUAUGAGAUACUAUACUGGAUCCCAUCCGUGUGCAAGCAGGUGGUCAGCAUGGAGACCAUCAGAGAUAUUGAAUGGGCCACACACACCUGCACUCUCGGUUUUCAGGUUUUUGGCAUGUGGUCCGAUGGCUCGGACGGCACCGACAUCAAUGCUGGAAGCAGAUCCAAUGAUAAGAGCCUUCUUGCUACUGGUGACGACUUUGGGAAGGUCCACCUCUUCUCCUUCCCCUGUUCUCAGUUCAGGGCUCCCAGCCAUGUUUACGGUGGCCACAGCAGCCACGUGACCAACGUGACGUUCCUGUAUAACGACAGCUGCCUGGUGUCCACCGGAGGGAAGGACAUGAGUGUGAUGCAAUGGAGGAUAGUCUGAGCGAUAAGACUCGGAGCAUGGAUUUCCCUCUGACGGUGCUCACUCCAAACGGAAGCAAAACCCGACUGCACUACGAAGGAACCGAGUGAAAUGCCUAAUUACGUGGAUCUUGACUGAGGUGAAUCUACAUAGGGUUUUCUUUGCGGGUCUGCUUUCACUUCCUUGGUGAGAUGAGCUGGUGAAGUGUGAUGUGUUGCUUCGUGUUUUCUCCCUAUUUUUAUUUUCAUUCAAUCGCACUACAUGUAAGAUCCCUCCAAUUUACUGAAGUCCAGUGUUCCCAUCCUCAAUUGAGCCAUGGCACAUACAGUACGCAGCAGAUCUGAUCACCUCGUACAGCACACUGGUUCAAAAUCACUGCUGAGAUGAAAAAUCCAAAUUUUAAAAAAAGAACCAAAGGCUCCGAGUUAUGACACUAUUUGUGCAAUUGCGCACGCUCUUAAAAUAGCUUAUGGACUGACCUUACAUUAAUCAAGCCAAAUCAAAGAGGAGGAUUAGAUGGAAAACUACAUGAAACGUUUUUUUUAGUUAAUUUUCUGUUGUAUUAAACCACUCAGGAAACUCAACCCUUCCCGUGACAGCAACACAAACAUUGGACUCAACUAAAUACCUUUUUACUAUCUGGGGGAAUUCUUAAUAAGCAAACAAAUAUUACUAUGAGCUUUUUGGGUUAAAUGUCUUUGGACUUUUUAAAACAGCUCUUCUGGGAUUAGAUAUUUACUUUGAGUAUUGCAUGGCGGACUGGAUAAAACACUCUUGCAGGGCCUUAGGUUCCCCACCCCUGACCCUAAAGUCAUCUUGCUAAAUUGCACUUGAUUUAUUUAUAUGCAUUUACACAUCAGAUUUUUCAACUUAAAGGACAUUAGCACUACAAAAAAAACACUAACUAGUGAGUUAGUAUUUUUGCUUUCAAAUGUCCUAAAAAGACAUUUAAAUUGAACUGUUUAUUACCAACAGAACUACUUUUUUUUUUUUUUUUACAUAGAGCCUAAUUUGGGGAGUAAACGGUGAUUUUUUUUUUUCAUGAGGGUGGGGGGAGUGAAAAUGCCACCUGCAAGCUAAUCCACAACAUGCUUGUUUUUGUUGGAAGCAUGAGACCGUAUCACUGUAACUGCUUAAUGUGCUCCUCCACAGUGCACACUCAGUCAAGGCAACAUAUGAAUUCAACGUGAUUUUCUUUUAAAUUCCCACAAUUGAAGAAAUGACACAUUCAGUCUAAGUCAUUAAGCUUUCCAAGAACUACCAGUAGUUUUUUUUUUUUUCUCAACCCUUUGAUCUGUGAAUCAUCUAUUGUACAGGUACAUUUCACACUCAAAAUGUUGUUUGGAAAUUGGGUAAAAAAAAUUGGCUUGAUGAUGAGGCUAGCGCUGUGAACUGAAAUUUGUCUUCCUAUGAUGCACCCGGAUCCGCAAUUACCACUGAACGUUUAACAUUUGUCUGACAGAUAAAACCAAAUAAACCUCCUAGGAUUCUGUGCAAACUAAA